GCUUGUCAAAGGCAUCUGAACGCAGCUCAAAAAAAUGAUGUGGAUGCAGGUUUGAAAGGUUUAAGCCAAUGUGUUCAGGUUUCAAAGGGUUAAUAGUCAAAAUGGGUCAAAUUUGACCUGAAUAGUAUGAAAGGGUUUGAGUUUUAACAUUUUUCUUUUGCUUUCUUUCUUUUUCCUCCUCUCUCUGUGUGUCCCAGUCAUCCAUCCAUCACAUGGAGGAGGGGCUGGUCGUGGCGUCCCGCUGCACGUCCAGGUCCUCCCUCCUGAACAUCAAAGCAAUGCUGCCCUCUGCUGCUCACAAGAGGAGCAGCCGCACAUCAGAUGACAGUGAUGAGGAGAGUGUGACAGAGCUGACGGGUGGGAGCGCAGGAGGACGAGGAGGAGGCUACAAACUGCGUCCGGGAACUAACCUCUCCUCCUCCUCCUGCUCCUCAUCUUCAUCAUCUCUGUCAGCUUGCCCACAGUCUGGAUCCCCGCCAAAGCAAACAUCAGGCGUCUUCAGUCUCCCGCCUGAAGCUUCAGCAGAUUGUGACAGUGGAGUGAAGGAGCGGCUGAGCUUGCACACAGACUCACACUCUGAAAACCUCCCCAAAACUGACCCGGACUCACAUCCUGGUCCUGCACACACACACUGUUUGACUCUAGGGAGAGCCCUGCCGGAGGAGGAGGAGAAGGAGGUAAUGGUAGAGGAGGACAGCCAGGAUGUGAACCUCCUCACAUUAACCUUUGGCAGGCAAGAGGAGGAGGAGGAGGAGGAGGAGACGAAGCCAGAGCCUUCCUCUGCUUCAGAGGUGUAUGACACCACCUCGACCCCGCCCUCAUUAACCAGAGACACCAAGGAAGUUACCAUGGAAACUGUUUCCUGCUCUGUCAAUGCAAAGGAGGAGAGGGAAGAGGAGGAGAAGGAAUGCUCUGGAUAUAUGGUGCGUCCAUGUCAAGAUGUCUUACAGAACUUUUUAUAGAAGCCUGGAAGUUACUCAGCUUCCAAAUCCAGUGUUAUAAAGAGACUGUGGAGCUCCUGCAGCAGCACCACUCUCCACCCAUUUCCCUCACUGAGUCCAGACACUGACCACUGAUAGUUCAGUAAGAAACUGUCCGUAUGCAGGGAAUUCUUCUUGUCUUGUUCUUGAGGAGAACAAUGGGCCUCAGACAAACCCUGUGAAGUCUCAGCACAUUGGCUUUUUUCAAAAACAUGGGAAGAAGGAAAAAAAAAAAAGAAAUAUCCAAAAAUUGAGCCAGAAAUUUGUAAAAAGUAUCGGAGCUGGUCCCAAAUAUUCAGCUAUUCAAGUAUUUGUUAAUUGGGUAGGUACUCUGUUUUGAAUUUAGCAUUUGGAUUUUUGUUUUUUUUGCAAAGGACAAAUGCCAUGUCAGUGUUUGUGAUCCUACUGCUGCACCUGUCACACACAGUGACAGUCGAUAAACCCAUUAAUAACCUUGGGAUAUAAUGAUCAUGCCUAAAUUGAGCCCUUCCUGGGUCAGUACAUUUUUACACAUUUUCUCAGGGUUCAGAGAUUAAACCCUCUAAAACCUGGAGAAACAUCAUUCACCUUACAUCACUGUGCUACAUUCGAAAUAUUCAUUAAGUAUUUGGACCUUUGAACCUUGAGCAGAUUGGUUUGAUUUCUUUCAAAAACAUGAAGAAAAGGGCAAUAAGCAACUUGGC